CGACCAUCAAUUGAGAGAUAUCAUCAUGUUUUAAAUACUCUAAAACCUGUUGGCGUCUAAAAAAUAAUUAAACAAUUGGCAUGGUGAACACAGGCCGGCCCUCGAGAGGAUGCCUCACAUGUAGGCGGCGACGAAUUAAGUGUGACGAAACACGUCCUGAUUGCAAACGGUGCGUCAAAUUGAAUGUGGAUUGCGAGUGGAGGGAUGAAUGGUCGACCGUGAUUCGACCCCAGGAAUCAUGGGCGAAGAAGACCGUUGCACAGCGCGUCGAACGGGUGCAGAAUCGACGAAAUGAGCAACAGGAACGUGAACUACUCUUGAAUCAUCCCUCCACAGUACUGCCUUCUUCGGAUGGCAUGGUAGGGCUGCAGGUACGGCCGGAGUUGUACGCCAUUGAACGGUUCUACCAGGACUACGGGUUCAGGGCCAACACGGUCAACUUCUUGAAUUUCGUCGAGCCUUAUUACGGCUCGCAGGCUAUUUCGCAGUGCAUUAAUAGCGUGCUGCCGGCUGUGGCGCUUGUCAAUGUAGCCAAACAGCAGCGUCGCCAUGAUUUGAUGCAAGAGGCGCGCCGCCAUUAUGGUCGCGCGCUCAGGUCCAUGACUGAAAUCUUAAAGGACCCAGUGGCUCGUAAGCACGACGCCACACUUGUCACGGUCUAUCUUAUGGCUCUCUACGAGGUCAUUUGCUUUGAUCGCGAGCCAGGCCAGAUCUCCCCCUUGCAAUCUCACGGGAAGGGUCGCCUAGCCAUCCUACGACUUCGUGGCCCCGAGCAACUCGACACCCAGGCUGGCCGUAACUUAUUCAUCGUCAUCUAUUCCGAGCAGCUUAACGGGUCUCUUUUUCACCGCAAUGGCCAAGUCCUGGACGAAGCGCCGACGUGGCUGCGGGAUCGAUUCCCAGUCAGCCCGAUAGUGAACCAGAUCAUGCUCAUGCACGACGUAAGCGUUUACCUGAAGAAGCUGGACGACCUGCUACGCGCGAGGAAAAAGGAUCGGCUGCAGAUAUCCGAAACAUUCGCCCAGGGACUGGAAUUCGCAGCGGAGCUGUCUAAACAGAAUCGCCUGCGCGCAGAGGGGGCGACUUCUAAAGACGCGGAUCUCAAGCAAUAUGCACCACGGGUAUUCCGACAGGCUCGACAUCGAACCAGGCCGUCAGAGAGCCGCAAGGCAAAACCAAAAUCUCCACAUACAAGCAAAACUCCAAAACCGCGGAUGCAAGGACCCGGUGAUGAUACAGCCAACAAAGAGACCACGCCCCGUGAAGUACCGUCAUCUUCCCCAACCGUGCGUUCACAGCCGCCAGAACCCAGUGCGGCUCAACAACCACCCCGCGAUGUACAACUCCGCACCAUCCCCAUCAAGAAAGAACGAGAAGAUUACGGACCCCACCCAGCCAACGCCGCUCCCGCCAGAAACCAAAACCCCACAUACCCCCUCCUCAACCUCGUCCAGCAAGACGUCUCCUCGAUAACCGGCAAGCGCCGCGAGGAGACCGACCCCCAAGUAGCAACGUACUUCAGCAUCACCUGGUCCAUCCUCGGCAACCUCUGCCGCGCAACCGAGAUCUACCUCCUACAGGCCCUCCUCGAAGCCCUGCCCUUCCUCGACGCCAAACAGUGCGACGCCUUGCACAUCGAUCCUGAGAGACUUCGCACAGAGUGGGACGCCAGCAUCGCGACGCGCGCGGUCCAGAUCUACGAGCACGUCCCGUACGGCCUGGGCGAGGUCGAUAGUUCCGGGAACAGGUUCCCCAUCAGAUUGACCGGUACGCUGUACCGGGCGUAUAUGCAAUUGUGCUGCAUGCAGGCGGCGCUCGCGGCACCCCAAACACCGAGGAAGUAUAGGAUCAGGUUGGCGAAGCGGUUGGAUUCGAUUUCGAAGGAGAUGGGGAUCGGGCUGGCGGGCGAGCUUCUGGCGGCGUUGGAGGACGCGGAGGCGCUGCUGAAAACGGAGGAGGCGAAGGCGGGGGAGGAGGACGAGGAUCCGUCGUUAAAGCUUAAUGAGAAGAUGUUUUAUAUCGGUAUGUACAUCGAUGAUAAGAAGAAGGUGCCGCUGUUUGUCAGUGAAGCGUUUACGCGAUAGCAUUGGGCGGAAAUUUGUUGGAAAACAUCGCAAUAGCGAGGAAGGCAUUUCUGGGAAGAAUGACAGUGUAUAGUAGCUUUAAUCAAGACUGUAUAUCCCUGGUGUUUGGAGUUCAACAGGCAGCUCUGCAUAUUAGCACACAACAUCCCAUCCC